AUGAACAUUUUUUUCUUUUUAUUUCGUUUCUUUUCUCUUUUUUUUCACUUAUUCUUUCUAAUUUUUUUUCUUUCUUCCUUUCUUUCAUUUAUUUCUUUUCUAUCUUUCUUUUCAUAUAAUAAACAUUUUUUUUUUCCUUUUUCUUUCUUUUUCGCUUCUUUUCGAUUAGACGUCACAUUUGCUUUCCUGCUUUUUCGUCCCUCCAUACAAAUUGCCUCGAGAUCUCCAUAUCUUCUCUCAUUAUCUGUCUGUCUCUCUCCCUCUCUCUUUCUCUUUCUCUCUCUCUCUCUCUCUCUCUCUCUCUCUAUCUAUCUAUCUAUCUAUCUUUCUCUCGCUAUGCUCAUUUUCUCUCCCACCCCUUCUUUCUUUCUUUCUCCCUUGUCUAUUUCUCUCUUCGACCGUCUUUUCUUCUUUCUUUAUGUAUUUCUUUAUCCCUCUCUUCCUCUUGCCCUCUCUUUUUUACUCUUUCGCUCUUUUCCUACUCUUUUUCUCUCCUUCUCUUUUUUCUUUUUCGACCCCCACCAUUUUAAUCAUACUAAAUCUAUCACUUUAUUAUUUCUACAUUUCUUUUCUAUUUUCUGCACUUUCUGA